GUGUGCUGUGGAAUGUGGAUCCAAUGAAACAAAAUGGUUCUGCAAUCUGCAAAGUGCAAACUCACUACAAAGGGACUGAAAAAUGCAACCCAUUUUGGUUUGAUUUUCCAGAUUCUUCCUCUUCGCGGUUGUGCUUGUGCCUGCAGGUUUAUCAUUCCCCUUCUCUUUCUACGUAGAUAUGUUGUUCUUUCUUUUUCUCUCGUUGUCUCAAUCCCCAUAUGCAAUUUUAGUGUGAUUUCUACAUUCACUUAUGUUGUUACCAUGAAUUUCUCCGAAUCAAAUCACCAACAUGUUCCUCAAAAUCCGACAACAACCCACCCCUUCAUGUCAAAACUCAAAAAAAUUGCAUUUCGCUCAAUUUCCUUAUUGGUUCUCUUCACAGCAAUUUCCAUUGGUUUCACAAGAACAAACUACUAUAAACUUCACUACUUGAAACACUCCCUCACAACAUCACCAACCAUUUUUCAUGCUAUUGGGUCUUACUUUUCACCCCCAAAACAACCAAUUUCUGUGCCCUCCCAAUGUGUCCUAUGGAUGGCUCCCUUUCUUUCAGGUGGAGGGUAUAGCUCAGAAGGUUGGUCUUAUGUUUUGGCACUUCAUGGACACAGAAAAAUGCAUGAUUUUAAGUUGGCAAUUGAGCAACAUGGUGAUCUAGAAUCUCUAGAUUUUUGGGAGGGUUUGCCAGAAGAUGUGAAAGACUUGGCUAGGGAGUUGUACCAAACUGAGUGUAGAAUGAAUGAGACCAUUGUGGUUUGCCAUAGUGAGCCUGGUGCUUGGUACCCUCCUCUGUUUGAAACCUCUCCAUGCCCACCAUCCUUUUACCAUGAUUUCAAGUCUGUGAUUGGCAGGACUAUGUUUGAGACUGAUAGAGUGAAUGGCGAGCAUGUAGAGCGAUGUAACCGAAUGGAUUAUGUUUGGGUUCCUACAGAGUUCCAUAGGUCUACAUUUAUAGAAAGUGGGGUUGAUCCUAACAAGGUGGUGAAGAUUGUUCAACCUAUUGAUGUCGAGUUCUUUGAUCCUGUAAAGUACAAGCCACUGGAUCUUGCUUCUACAGCAAAACUGGUUUUAGGUUCUGGCGGGGUGGGGAAGAGUUUUGUGUUUUUAAGUAUCUUCAAGUGGGAGUAUAGGAAAGGGUGGGAUGUGUUGUUAAGGUCAUACUUGAAGGAAUUCUCAAAAGACGAUAGGGUUGCUUUGUACUUGUUAACAAAUCCAUAUCAUACCGAAAGCGAUUUUGGGAACAAAAUAUUGGAUUUUGUGGAGAGUUCUGAUGUUGGAGAACCUGCUAAUGGUUGGGCUCCAGUUUAUGUUAUUGAUACACACAUAGCUCAAAGUGACUUGCCAAGAGUUUACAGGGCAGCUGAUGCUUUUGUUCUUCCUUCCAGAGGAGAAGGGUGGGGGAGACCUCUGGUGGAAGCCAUGUCGAUGUCGUUGCCGGUGAUUGCGACGAAUUGGUCUGGACCAACUGAAUAUUUGACAGAGGAUAAUAGCUAUCCGCUACCUGUGGAUAGAAUGAGUGAAGUAAUGGAAGGUCCAUUCAAGGGACAUCUUUGGGCUGAACCUUCUGAGCAUGAACUUCAGGUUCUUAUGAGGCAGGUGAAGGAUAAUCCCACUGAGGCUACAGCCAGAGGAAGAAUGGCGAGGGAGGACAUGAUAAGACGGUUCUCACCGGAGAUUGUGGCAGACAUUGUUGCUGACCACUUACAAAACAUAGGAGGGCAUAAGAGCUAAAGAGUUUCUGGUUCUGGUUCUCCUCAGCUGUUAUGCUCCAAACCUGUUUUAUGAUUCACUCAUAAGGAGAUUGAGCUUGUAGGUUGACAUAUUGUAGACUUCUCAUGAAUUGAUUGAGCCACAACAACUUAAUCACUGGAAAGUAAUUUCUUCAAUAGUUAAUUCAUUUUAAUCUCAGGAUUUUUACUACAAGGCAAAUGCAUUCUUGGAAGAACAUAAAACUGUUCUCAUGCAUUUUUUAGAAAGGGUUUUGACCAGAUAAUGAUGUAGCUUCUUCUCUAAAAACUCUCAGGCAAUGCACUGAACUCCCCCUUUAUCUAAAUGUAGGAAUAUCUCUAUGAGAUUACCAAAAUUGCGAUCUAAUCUGAGUUUGUAGCUUUCAUGACUUAAGUCUAUUUAUUUGAUCUAAAUCAAGAACUUACCAGUGUAUUUCAUUUAAUUUAGACUAAAUAGCCAUUGGAACAGAAGCCUCCAAGAUGUUAUUGGCACCUUAUUCUGUGACUGACUUAUUGGUUGUUCUGAUAGAGGUCAUUAAUAUGUGUUCUA